UUGGGAAUUGGAAAGAAAGGGUCACGAUGGCCACAGCCGCGGGCAACGCACACUUCGUCGAGGAAGAGUACGAGUUGGCGGUCCAAAUGUACACGGAAGCUUUGAAGGAGUCUCCGAACGAUGCAGACGUGCUCUCCAAACGCAGCGGUGCUUACUUGAAGCUGAACCAGCUGCAGUUGGCUCUGCGUGAUGCCACCGAGGCCGUAAAGAUCGACCCACUUCUUCGCAUGGCGCACUAUCGUCAGGGCAUUGCUUUCUUUGGGAUGGAAAAGUUCCGCGACGCGUUCAAGUCGUUCGUCAAAGGAAAGGAGCUAGCGGGCAACCAGGAGAAUGUGUCAUCUCGAUUCAAGACGUGGAUUCGGAAGUGCGAGGCUGAAAUCGAAGAUGACGACAUGGAUACAUUGGACACCCCUGCGAGCCAAGGAGCCUGCCCAACUCCUGCUGCGGAGCCACCAGCACCCACAACACCUGCUGCAUCCGCGUUUCGACAUGAAUGGUACCAGAGCCCGGCACAUGUGACUGUAUCGGUCUUUCAAAAGAACCUCCAGUCCUCCGAUGUGGCUGUGCAGUUUGACCGGCAUCAGUGCAUGGUCACGUUCACAAUCAGCGGACAGCACGUCAAGGCGCUGGACUUGGCGCUGUUUGGACCAAUUGACCCGUCCGAAUCCACGUACCGCGUGUCCACAGUGAAAGUCGAGAUCAAGAUGAAGAAGGCCGAGACAGCUCAGUGGGACCAGCUCCAGCGCAGCCUCGUGGCUGUGCUCCCGACUGCUGCGUCCGUCACCCCCGUGGUGAACCCCGUCCCUGUCAAACCAUACGCGUCCAACCGAGACUGGAAUAAGAUCGACAAAACUCUAACGGACGAACUUGAACAAGAAAAACCCGAAGGCGAGGCCGCGAUGCAGAAGCUUUUUGCCGACAUUUACGCCAAGGCCGACGAAUCAACACGCCGAGCCAUGAACAAAUCGUUUGUACGGACUGAGGGUGACUCAUGACCAUGCAUGUUGACGUGCGUCGUGUUCUAGCAAACUUCGGGAGGCACCGUCCUGUCCACCAACUGGAACGAAGUGAGCACCAAGGAUUAUGAGAAAGAUCGACCAGUCCCAGAUGGAAUGCAGUGGAAGAAAUGGGGAUGACCGAACGACACCUCCUUACAUCGGACGCGGACUUCCUUUGUACAUGAAUAUAACAUGGUUUUGUUUAACAAGGCGAGGGUAUUCCAGGCGUCAUCGACUGUCUAGAGUUCACUCUGCCGCCGCCUCAACGACGCCCACGAAUGGCCAUUUCACGUUCACCGACGUCGCGGCUUCAGUGUUGAGGUUGUCAACGUAGUGGCUCGAG